GCCGCCUGACCAUGGCCGAGGAGCUGGUCCUGGAGAGAUGUGACCUGGAGCUGGAGGCCAACAGCAGCUACCACCACACGACUGACCUGUGCCAGGACAGGCUGGUAGUCCGACGUGGGCAGGCCUUCCGCCUGGCACUACACUUUGAAGGCCGAGGCUACGAGGCCAGUGUGGACAGCCUGACAUUCAGUGUGGAGACCGGCCCAGCUCCCAGCGAGGAGUGUGGGACCAAGGCCCGUUUCCAGUUGUCUGACGCUAUGGAGGAUGGCAUCUGGGCGGCUGCGGUGGUCGACCAGCAGGACAAUGUCCUCUUGCUACAGUUCAGCACCCCGGCCAACGCCCCGGUCGGCUCAUACCGACUCCGCCUGGAGACCUCCACCGGCUACCAGGGCUCCAGCUUCAUGUUGUGCAGUUUCGUCCUGCUCUUCAAUGCCUGGUGUCCAGCUGACGAGGUGUACCUGGAGUUGGAAGAUGAGCGGCGGGAAUACGUCCUCACCCAGCAGGGCUUCAUCUACCAGGGCUCGGCCAGGUUCAUCAAGAGCACACCGUGGAACUUUGGACAGUUUGAAGACGGGAUCCUGGAUAUCUGCCUGACACUCCUCGAUGUCAACCCCAAGUUCCUGAAGGACGCCAGCCGUGACUGCUCCCGUCGUAACAGCCCUGUCUACGUGGGCCGGGUGGUGAGCGCCAUGGUCAACUGCAACGAUGACCAGGGUGUGCUGCUGGGUCGCUGGGACAACAAGUACGAAGACGGCAUCAGCCCCAUGUCCUGGAUCGGCAGUGUGGACAUCUUGAGGCGCUGGAAGAAUGAAAGCUGCCAGCGGGUCAAGUACGGCCAGUGCUGGGUCUUCGCUGCCGUGGCCUGCACGGUGCUGCGGUGCCUUGGCAUCCCCACCCGCGUUGUGACCAACUACAACUCAGCCCAUGACCAAAACAGCAACCUGCUCAUCGAGUACUUCCGCAACAAGUUCGGGGAGCUCCAGGGUGACAAGAACGAGAUGAUCUGGAACUUCCACUGCUGGGUAGAAUCGUGGAUGACCAGGCCGGACCUGGAACCGGGGUACGAGGGGUGGCAGGCCAUUGACCCCACACCCCAGGAGAAGAGUGAAGGGACAUACUGCUGCGGGCCGGUCCCCGUCCGUGCCAUCAAGGAGGGCGACCUGAGUACCAAGUACGACGCGCCUUUCGUCUUUGCCGAGGUCAAUGCCGACGUGGUGGACUGGAUCCAGCAGGAGGAUGGGUCCAUGCAGAAGUCAAUCAACAACUCGCUGACCGUGGGGCUGAAGAUCAGCACCAAGAGCGUGGGCCGAGACGAGCGCGAGGACAUCACCCACACUUACAAGUACCCAGAAGGGUCUGCUGAGGAGAGGGCAGCCUUCACCAGGGCCAACCACCUGAAUAAGCUGGCGGAGAAGGAAGAGACAGGAUUGGCCAUGAGGAUCCGUGCAGGCCAGAACAUGAACAUGGGCAGUGACUUUGACGUCUUCAGCCACAUCACCAACAACACAUCCGAGAACCACAUCUGCAGCCUCCUGCUCUGUGCCCGCACCGUCAGCUACAACGGGGUCCUGGGACCUGAGUGCGGCACCCUGCAACUGCUGGACCUUACGCUGGAGCCUUUCUCGGAGAAGAGCAUUCCUCUUCACAUCCUCUACGAGAAGUACUGUGAGUGCCUGACCGAGACCAACCUUAUCAAGGUGCGAGGCCUCCUGGUUGAGCCAGCCACCAACAGCUACCUGCUGGCUGAGAGGGACAUCUACCUGGAGAAUCCAGAAAUCAAGAUCCGGAUCCUGGGUGAGCCCAAGCAGAGGCGCAAGCUGGUGGCCGAGGUGUCGCUGCAGAAUCCACUGACAGUGCCCCUGUCAGGCUGUGCCUUCACCGUGGAGGGCGCCGGCCUGACUGAAGAGCAGAAGACCGCGGAGAUCUCGGACCCUGUGGGGCCAGGGGAGCAAGCCAAGGCGCGGGUGGACCUGCUGCCCCUCUACAUGGGCCGUUACAAGCUGGUGGUGGACUUCGAGAGCGACAAGCUCAAGGCGGUGAAGGGUUACCGGAAUGUUAUCAUCGGCCCCUCUUAA